GCGCGAUUCGAAAACGUUGAUAAACUUGAUUUAAACCGAAAAACGGUCGAUGUGGAGUAACGUUAUCCUUGUCAAACUUCGGAAAAUGUAAAUAUGUUUAGAUAGUGAACAGAGACGCCUUUUUUUCUUUCAACCUUGAUGACAUGUUGGACGGCCAGACGCAUUUUUUGAUAGCUAAGAUGCUAGAGUUAGCUAGAAACUCUAGUUUAACCAACAUUAUUCAAGCUAGCAGAACAUUAGCUCGGCUAACCUAACUAUGCUAACUGUCCCCAAGCUAUUAACAUCUUUUAGUGGUGUAGUGUAGCUAGCUACAUGUUUAAAUUAACUGUAGAGUGUCAACUUUGUGAAGGUAGGAAUAUAAGAAGGUGACUAGAAAUGGCGUCGUGUGAACUGGACAGGUGGACAAAUAAUCUGACAACUCCGGGUCCAGGGAGCGGAGAGUUGCUGAACACUGUGGAUCAGAGUCGCUUUGACGGGAGGGGGGACACUAGUGAGCUUCCCAUCCAGCUUGUCCGGAGCCAGGAAACAUAUGAUCUGAGAAGGUGUGCCCUCCUGUCUGCUGCUUCCAGGAUGCAGUUCUCAGUCAGACUGAGCGUCUGCGUGCUGGGCUUCGUCCUCGUCUCUCUGUUCCCUCAGCCAGCACGGGGUCAAGUUUCAACGCCACGGAGAUUUCGUGCCAAAGUCCUGAGCCCCACCGAGCUGCAUGUGUCGUGGAAAGAGCCGAAAGGACAGUUUGAAAGCUACAAAGUCAUUUACACCACACGGCCAGGUGGAGAGCAGAAGGAGAUUCAGGUGUCGAAGCAGGAAGCAAAACUGCUCAUCCAAGACUUUGACCCCUCUAAAGAAUACAACUUUAAGAUCAUUGCUGUCAGUGGAGGACAGCAGAGCAAACCUCUCCAGGCCAAACAUGAAGCUCAAUCGGGCGUCGAGAUGGUUGAGUCUCAGAGGGGACGAGACAGCGGUGUCGCCGAGGAAACCAACGAGAUCUCAGAAGCUGAAGAGAAGUUUAUGUGUAAGACUCCGGCCGUAUCCGACAUUGUUAUUCUGGUGGACGGCUCCUGGAGUAUCGGCCGCAUCAACUUCAGGCUCGUCCGGACGUUCCUGGAGAAUCUGGUCAAGGCUUUCUCUGUAGAGUUCGACAAAACCAGGAUUGGCCUGGCUCAGUACAGCGGAGACCCCCGGAUCGAGUGGCAUCUCAACGCUCACACCACCAAAGAGGCUGUGAUGGAGGCUGUGAAGAACCUGCCGUAUAAAGGCGGAAACACACUGACGGGUCUGGCUCUGACCUUCAUCCUGGAGAACAGCUUCAAACCGGAGUCUGGAUCCAGGCCCGGCGUUCCCAAGAUAGGAAUCCUCAUCACUGACGGGAAGUCCCAGGACGAUGUGAUACCCCCAGCGCAGAGCCUGAGGGAGGCUGGGAUAGAACUGUUUGCCAUUGGUGUGAAGAACGCCGACGAGAACGAGCUGAAGGCCAUCGCCUCUCCGCCGGAGGAAACCCACGUCUACAACGUGGCCGACUUCAGCGUGAUGAGCGACAUCGUGGACGGCCUCACCAAGACCGUCUGUGAACGCGUGGAGCAGCUCGACAAGCAGCUCCGAGGGGGAGGACAACCCGCCCGCCCGCCCACGGCUGUGGAGGCGCCGCGCGACCUAGUGACAUCUGAGGUCACGGCUCGGAGUUUCCGGGUGAGGUGGACCCACGCGCCGGGCCAGGUGGAGAAAUACCGCGUGGUCUACUACCCAGCCAGCGGAGGAAAGCCGGAGGAAAAGGUGGUCCAGGGGACGGAGAACAGUGUGGAGCUCACCUACCUGAACUCUCUGACGGAGUACCAGGUGGCCGUUUUCGCCGUCUAUCACAGCUCCGCCAGCGAGGCUCUGCGAGGAAGUGCUACCACACUGGCCCUGCCGAUGGUGAACGACCUGGAGUUGUUUGACAUCACUCACAGCACCAUGAGGGUCCGCUGGAAGAUCGCCGCCGGGGCUUCUGGGUACAUGAUCCUGUACGCCCCGCUGACGGAGGGAGACCCUGCAGACGAGAAGGAGGUGAAGGUGGAGGACUCUGUGAACGAGGUGGAGCUAGAGGGAUUGACUCCGGCCACAGAGUACACAGUGACGGUUUACGCCUUAUACGGAGAGGAGGCCAGCGACCCCAUGACCAGCCAGCAGACCACAUUACCACUGACCCCGGCGAGGAACCUGCGUUUCUCCAACGUGGACCACAGCUCCGCCCGGCUGACAUGGGACUCUGCCUCCAGGAAGGCCAAAGGCUACCGCAUCAUGUACGUCAAAACCAACGGAGUCCAGACCAAUGAGGUGGAUGUUGGCCUUGUGACAACCUGGUUGCUAAAAAACCUGACCUCGCUGACGGAGUACACAAUCGGGGUCUUUGCCAUCUACGAUGAGGGACAAGCUGAGGCCGCGACUGAAAGCUUCACCACAAAAACCGUCCCCGACCCGCCAGAUCUGAAGAGCAGUGACAUCUCCACAGACAGCUUCAGGGUGUCAUGGCAACACCCAGCAUCUGAUGUGGUGAUGUACCGACUCACCUGGACGCCCACCGAUGGAGGGGACAGCGAAGAGGUUCUGGUGAACGGAAACAUUAACACCUACCUGAUAAAAGGACUGAGCCCCGUCACGGAGUACGAAGUCCUCCUCGCUGCCAUCUACAUGAACGAGGUCGAGAGCGACGAGGUGGUCCUCGUAGAGUCCACCGUAAAAAGAACGACCGCGGUGCCCACAACGACCGUCACCACAGCAGCUCCUCGUUUCGGGGUGAGGAACUUGAGGAUCGACGAGGAAACCACCUUCAGCAUGCGGGUGGCCUGGCAGCCCGGGGACUCGAGGAACGUCCGACAUUAUCGGCUGAGCUACAUCAGCGCCAAGGGAGACCGAGCAGAGGAGCAGAGGACGGUGCCCACCGGUCAGAACAGUCUGAUUCUGCAGCCGCUGCUGUCGGAUACGGAGUACAAAGUCGCCAUCACGCCCGUCUACCCCGAUGGAGAUGGGCCCACAGUGGCGCGGAUGGGACGAACGCUUCCUCUGUCAGCUCCCAGGAACCUGCGGCUAUCGGAGGAAUGGUACAACCGCUUCAGGAUCAGCUGGGAUGCUCCACCGUCGCCCACCAUGGGCUACAGGGUUGUCUACCAGCCCGUAUCUGCUCCUGGCUCCGCUUUGGAGACCUUCGUGGGCGAGGACGUGAACACCAUGCUGAUCGUCAACCUGCUGAGCGGGACGGAGUACAGCGUCAAAGUCAUCGCCUCCUACACCACCGGAUCCAGCGAGGCCCUGUCAGGGAGGGCCAAGACCUUGUAUCUGGGGGUGACUAACCUGAGUGCGUACCAGGUGAGGAUGAACAGUUUCUGCGCCCAGUGGCAGCCUCACCGACACGCCAACGCCUACCGAGUGACCAUCGAGUCUCUGCUCAACGGUCAGAAGCAGGAGACGAAGCUGAGCGGAGGAGCAAACAGACACUGUUUCAACAACCUGAAGGCCAACACGCAGUACAAGAUGAGCGUGUACGCUCAGCUGCAGGACGGGAGCGAAGGGCCGGCCGUCACCGUCACGGAGAAGACACUACCCAUCCCGACCCCGCCGCCGACCACGCCCCCCACCACCACGCCGCUACCCACGAUCCCCCCUGCCAAGGAAGUCUGUAAAGCAGCCAAAGCCGACCUGGUCUUCCUGGUCGACGGUUCCUGGAGUAUCGGUGAUGACAACUUCCUGAAGAUCAUCCGCUUCCUGUACAGCACCAGCGGAGCUCUGGACCGGAUCGGCCCGGAUGGCACACAGGUGGCCAUCGCGCAGUUCAGCGACGACGCCCGGACCGAGUUCAAGCUGAACUCGUACGGCGACAAGGAGCGUCUGCUGGACGCCAUCAACAAGAUCUCCUACAAGGGAGGAAACACCAAGACGGGUCGAGCCAUCCAGCACGUGAAGGAAAACAUCUUCACUGCAGAGGGGGGGAUGAGGCGGGGGAUCCCCAACGUCCUCGUGGUCCUCACCGACGGCCGCUCUCAGGACGACGUCAACAAGGUUUCCAAGGAGAUGCAGAUGGAAGGCUACAUUGUGUUUGCGAUCGGCUUCGCUGACGCGGACUACGGCGAGCUGGUGAGCAUCGCCAGUAAACCCAGCGACCGACACGUCUUCUUCGUGGACGACCUGGACGCCUUCACCAAGAUCGAAGAGAAGCUGGUGACCUUCGUGUGCGAGGCGGCCACUGCCACGUGUCCGUCCGUGCCAAUGAGCGGCAGCACAACACCAGGUUUCCGUAUGAUGGAGCUGUUUGGGCUGGUGGAGAACCGCUACGGCAGCGUCUCCGGUGUUUCCAUGGUACCCGGCACCUUCAACACCUUCCCCUGUUUCCACCUGCACAGCAACGCUUUAAUGGCACAGCCGACCAGGUUCAUCCAUCCUGAAGGGCUGCCGUCUGACUAUACCAUCACGCUGCUGUUCAGACUGCUGCCCGACACCCCCGAGGAGCCCUUCGCCCUCUGGGAGAUCCUCAACAAGAACAACGAGCCGCUGGUCGGAGUCAUCCUGGACAACGGGGGAAAGUCUCUGACGUUCUUCAACAACGACUACAAAGGAGAGUUCCAGACGGUCACUUUCGAAGGACCAGAAAUUAAAAAACUCUUCUACGGCAGCUUCCAUAAGCUUCACAUUGCAAUCAGCAAGACGAGCGCCAAAGUGGUGAUCGACUGCAAGAUGGUGGCCGAGAAAACAAUCAACGCAGCGGGAAACAUCACCAUCGACGGGACGGAAGUUCUGGGCCGGAUGGUCCGCUCCAGAGGGAACAAGGAUAACUCUGCACCGUUCCAGCUUCAGAUCUUCGACAUCGUCUGCAGCACUUCAUGGGCCAGCAGAGACAAGUGCUGCGAACUUCCUGGUCUGAGGAAGGAGGCAGACUGCCCAGCCAUGCCCAAAGCCUGCACCUGCACCCAGGACAGCAAAGGCCCCCCCGGCCCUGCUGGACCACCUGGAGGCCCAGGAAUCCGAGGAGCCAGAGGUGAUCGCGGAGAGCCAGGCCCAGUGGGGCCAACUGGUCCAGUAGGUGAUACAGGUGUACCCGGGCCUCAGGGACCCCAAGGACCACAGGGACCCAGCGGACGCUCCAUCAUAGGACCCCCAGGUUCUCCAGGAGAGAGAGGACAGAAAGGUGAAGCUGGACAACAAGGAACACAGGGAAUCGCUGGCCGAGCCGGACCUCAAGGCAGAGAAGGCCCGGCAGGAACCAGAGGGCUGCCAGGUAAAGACGGCCCGCCGGGCAGACAGGGCGCCUCAGGAACCAUGGGGACGCCAGGAGCUCCCGGGGCCCCCGGUCACACGGGCCCUUCAGGAAAACAGGGAGAACUGGGACCACCGGGUCCUCCUGGAAGCAAAGGGGAGAAAGGUGAACGGGGUGACCUGCAGUCGACAGCGUCAGUCCAGGACAUCGCCAGGCAGGUCUGUGAGCAGCUCAUUCAGAGCCACAUGGCACGCUACAACUCCAUCCUGAACCACGUGCCCAGUCCGCCAGUGUCCAUCCGCACUGUGCCGGGACCCCCCGGAGAGCCUGGCAGACAGGGAUCUCCAGGGCCCCAGGGAGAACAGGGACCCACAGGAAGACCCGGCUUCCCAGGACAGAACGGACAGAACGGGCAGCCGGGAGAAAGAGGGCAACCAGGAGAAAAGGGUGAGAAAGGAUCUCAAGGUGUUGGAGUCCAGGGCCCCAGAGGACCUCCAGGACCCCCCGGAGCUCAAGGCCAGGGCAGACCUGGCAGUCAGGGUCCCUCAGGGCGGCCUGGAAAUCCCGGGACCCCUGGUCGUCCCGGGGUCCCUGGACCCGUCGGCUCCACUGGGCCUCCGGGCUACUGCGACCAGAACUCCUGUGUGGGCUACAAUGUUGGAGUCCAACUGCCUCCCAACGUCUUCGAGAACUACGGCGAGGUUGAGGAGGACGAUCCCUACCGCUACUAUGAGCCCAGUUACCCGGCCCCGCGGCCCGUGGCGCCCGACGACCCGGCGCUCGCCCUGGACGACAUCGAGCUGAGUUCCCCCGGCGUCCACCGCAGCUCCCGGAGCCUGAACGCCAAGGAGGAGAGAGUCGCACCAAAGAGGAGACUAAAGAGGGAAGCGAAGGCGCUGCCCGGACUAAUUAAAUGAGAGGAGGCGAUCGGAGGACGGAGGGCCGCUCGCUGUUUGUGAUUGGGCGGUUUGGAGCCGUUACGGACUAAUCAACAAGUGCCUGAUGUAGAGGAUUUCUUAUGGACAUAGUAGAGGGGAUGGGGUGGGGGUUUCAGGUUGGGACUAUUUUAACUCAUCUAUGCUAUCGAAUUAAGUUCAAGAAAACAGGUUUGAUUUGCUUUUGUUGUUUUUGUCUCAAAAUGGAUUCAUUUUAUCUGGCUUUUAUAUUUCACGGCCCCGUGACGUCUCUAUGUUUAAAGGUUAAAUGUUUCUGUGAUCAAAGUCUAGUUUCUCAAACAUUAGGCUGUGUUCCCACUUGGCGUCUUUUUAGAAGCUGCCAGCGUCUGUUGUUACAUUAUAAUCCUACGGAGUAAACCGUGUUUUCAAAAAAGUCGUGAGCACUUUUUUAAAGGCCACCGCCAAUUUCUGCAUUUUCUGCAGCUCAGAGUCUUUUUGAAGUUGUGUCAGGUGCUUUUGUUGACAGCUGACCAAUGACAAGCGGAGUAGACAGACCUGUCGUUUCCAACAACAAGAAAAAAUGGAGAAGGUGCCGACAGACUUGUGUUAGUGUCGGAGCAUGGCGAGUUAUAUGAUAUGACUCGCUCUGUUUUAUCUAACGUUAGCACCUCUCUCUCUCUUUGUUCAUUCUCUAGCUCGCUCGACCGCUUUGUUUUAUCUCGCCCCGCUCCACAUAGCGCUAGAGGAUACUGUAGCAGUUGCUGUUGUCAUAGCAACAAAAGACGCUCUCGGCCGUUUCUUGAAACCAAAACGCUGCCAGCUUCUUCUUUUUGUAACAACAAAAGCGCCCUAGUCAACUUUUUAUUGUCAAAAAAAGACGCCAAGUGGGAUCAUGACCUUAGCCGCACGCUCCUGUUUUCAGGUUUCAGUUCGGCUGUUUGUUAUUUACCUGGUUGGUUACAGUAAGUGCCUGGAAGACGUCUGGAAGACAUUUCAAAAAGCAGAAAUGCAAACACUUGCAGCAAAGCAUUUACACACAGAGACACUUCCAGGUUAGGGCUACAGAAAUCUCAGCUAAAAUAAUCUCACUGUACAUAAAUAUAUGAAAAAAUGUUCAAAGUUUUGAUUUUAUACAUCAAUUAAAAAAUGUAAAAUGUAAUCUGUGA